AUGGAUUCAGCCACAAGCCAAAGAUUAUCGAUUUCUCUAGCAGCAACCCUCUCCCUAAUCCUGAUACAUUUGACUCUAGUCAACUCUUUCACUGAAAUCCCAACAGCAUACGAGGUUCUUGAGGACUACAACUUCCCAGUUGGCCUUCUUCCAGAAGAGGUGGUGACAGGCUACAAGCUCAACCACAGAACAGGUGAAUUCUCAGCCUAUCUCAAUGAUAGUUGCAGCGUCUAUGAAGGAGGAUACCGUUUGAAAUACGAGCCCACUAUCAAAGGUUACAUAUCAAACGGCAAGAUAUCUAGCUUGGAAGGUGUUAGUGUGAUGUUCUUUCAUAAGUGGAGAAAAAUUGUUGAGAUCCUCCGGCGUGACAAUCAUAUUCAUUUCUCCGCGGGGGUGGCAAGAGACAGGUUCCAUAUUAAGGACUUUGAGGAAUCUCCUCAAUGUGUGUGUUCCAUGAACUGCUUUCCUACUUCCUAG